AUGAUUUGGGCGGUGGCAGAUGCUUUGGUAGGCCCAUUCAAGGCUCAUGAAUAUGGAUUGGUUAUUCUGCCUAUGACGGUAGUAAAGCGUUUUCACGACUGUCUGUUGCCUACUCAUCAGGCUGUGCUUGAUACAUACGACAAGUCAUUGCUGACUGACCCGGAAAAUAUAGAGGCUAACUUCAGGGACUAUCUAGCUGGAUUCUCCGCUAAUGCGCAGGAUGUAUUAGCUAAGUUUGAGUUUGAUAACAUCAUUAAGCGCAUGAGCUAUCUGGGGCCAGACAAGAUAAGUGCUGUAGACUGCGGCUAUAUCUUUGAGGAUUUGGUUAGAAGAUUUUCUGAGUCCUACGGUGAGGAAGCUGGAGCACAUUUCACCAGCCGCGAUAUCAUCUACAUGAUGACCGACCUUCUGCUUUCUGAUGCAGACCUUAGUGAAGGCGGCAGUGUAACUGUCUAUGAUAUGACUAUGGGUACUUCUCAGAUGCUCAGCUGCAUGGAAAGAGCGUAUUCAUGA